CGGGGCGGGGCGGGGCGGUGCCCAGCACGUCCCGGCUCCUUCUUCCUCGGAGGAGGGUGGGUGGAGAAAGGAGCUGGGGGAGGUUCUCUUCGACCCCGUCGGUGGGAGCGGAGCGAAGCGAAGCGAGGGGAAAGCAUGUGAGAUUUGUGCCUAUUCCUUCAGGUCUGUGGACUUAAGUUUACAUUGGAGUUAGAAGCAGCAUUUUUGACACACUUUGCAGAGUGGAGUGGUCCUGGCAAGCUUCUUCUGGUGUCAGUAACAGACCCUUUACCAUGAGCAAUUCUACUCCAGCUACAGAUAAUGAGAAGAAAAAAGGUAAAGGAAACAGAUCGUCAUAUUCCCCUUCACGUGUCCUUCAUAUUCGUCGAAUUCCAAGUGAUGUUACCGGAGCAGAAGUUGUUUCAUUAGGUCUCCCUUUUGGCAAAGUAACCAAUCUCUUGAUGCUAAGAGGAAAAGGUCAGGCAUUUUUGGAAAUGGCUUCUAUAGAUGCUGCUGUUUCUAUGGUGAACUACUACACUCCUGCUACACCUCACCUCCACAAUCAGCCAGUUUAUAUUCAGUAUUCCAAUUACAAGGAACUUAGGACUGACAAUCAACAUAAUCAGGCUAGACACCAAGCUGCAUUACAAGGUAUGAAUGCUGUGCAGCAUGGAAACGUGGGUAUUACAAGUGCUCCUGCUGCUGAAGGUGGGGUCCUUCCAAGUCAUGGGUCUGUUCUUCGAAUCAUUGUUGAAAAUGUUUGUUACCCCAUCACUUUAGAUAUACUGUAUCAGAUUUUCUCUAAAUUUGGCUUUGUUGUGAAGAUUAUCAUGUUCCAUAAGAACAAUCAGUUUCAAGCUCUGCUCCAGUAUGCCGAUGCAACGAAUGCAUAUUAUGCCAAAAUGUCUCUGGAUGGCCAUAGUAUCUACACUGGGUGCUGCACUCUGCACAUUGAUUUCUCCAAGUUAAGUAAUCUAACGGUGAAGUACAACAAUGACAAAAGUAGAGAUUUCACUCGCGUUGACCUUCCUUUUGGUGAUGGCCAACGAACUGUGGAGACGUCCUUAUCUACUCCCUUUGCCACCCAAAAUACCAUCUUUCCAUCAUAUACAGGGCCUCCUGGGUUUGCCCCAGCCUUGGGCUUUCCUCAGGGAGCAGGUCCUUCUGUUCCGCCUGUUCCUGGAACACUUGGUUCUCUCAUGAUCACCACAUCAGCAGCACCUGGACACGUGACUGUUCCUGGUAUUCCAGGAAACUCUGUUUUACUGGUCAGCAACCUCAACCCUGAAGCCAUCACACCUUAUGGACUUUUCAUCCUAUUUGGUGUGUAUGGUGAUGUGCAUCGUGUGAAGAUCAUGUUUAAGAAAAGAGGAAUUGCUUUGGUUCAGAUGGCAGAUGCAACCCAGGCUCAAUUAGCUAUCAACUACUUGAAUGGACAGAGGCUUUACGGAAGGGUCAUGCAUGCUACUCUUUCAAAAUAUCAGACAAUUCAACUUCCUCGUGAGGGACAAGAGGACAAAGGUCUGACAAAGGACUAUAGCAACAGUCCUUUACACCGCUUUAAGAAUCCUUGUUCUAAGAACUUCCAAAAUAUCUUUCCUCCAUCUGCCACUCUGCAUCUCUCCAACAUCCCGCCUUCUGUUACUGUUGAUGAUUUGAAGAAACUUUUUACAAGUAAAGGAUCUACUGUGAAAGGCUUCAAAUUUUUCCAGAAAGAUUGCAAAAUGGCUCUUAUCCAGCUGGGCUCUGUCGAAGAAGCAGUUCACGCUCUCAUUGAGCUUCAUAAUCAUGACUUUGGAGAAAACCAGCAUCUCAGAGUUUCCUUCUCAAAAUCUUCAAUCUGAAUUUUCUGUGAGAUUUCUUUUCAAGGCUGUGUAACAGUUUCAGUAAAAAUUUCAAAUAAAAAACUGAGACAGCUGUGACUAACUGUCUCCUAAAAGAAAAACCUCAUUCAUGCACAAAGAAUUAAGUGAUGAUUUUUUCUGAUUCUAGCUGCAAGUAGGUCAUCCAAAGAAAGAUUUUCUGUGAAAUAGUUUUAGCAACAAUAUUCAUCAUCAAAUUUCCUACCUAAAAUUAUGUUUUGAGAACUUUUUUUUAGCUUUUGUUUGAAAUCAGCCUUACAAAACAAAUUAGAGUGCUUCUACAGUGUACCAAACAAGUAUGUUUAACGAAAAGGUAAAUCUACUCUGUGCACAUUAAACACUAAUUUGAAUGUGAAAUAGUGCUUGGGUUUCUUGAAAAAAAGCAAACAGUAACUGUGAGUAUCCUCUAAAUAGUAUUUAUGUUAAAAGGUGCGUGUUCAUACUUUUGUAAAUCUUUACAAAUAACUUGUUUAUAAAAAUAAAAAGUCUGUGCUGUUCUUAUAAAUUAAAUUAUUAGAGAAAAGGCAGUGCCUUCUCUCUGUAGAAUAAAAGGUAUUUGACAACUUUCUUCAAGGUGUGGUAUUGGAGAAUUAGUUUGACGUGACAGUGGGUUGGAAGUCUGAUGUCCUAUUUCUACUAUGAAAGGAUGUGUAAUAGUACCUUGGAGAAAAUAAAACAAGAAAAUGGUCUUGAAUUUAAAAUAAUUUUUUACAUUUCUCUAAAUAAUUAAAUGUUUGCAGUCUUUUGGAAAAUAUUCAGGUCUGUGAUGCUUUUGCAAUUUUUAAGAAGUUAUUUUUGCUAAGGUCAUCUUUCAGGGCAGAAAAAUUAAACCUCAAGGAUUUUUACCACUCUAAAGUCUAAUACUUAAAUUAUUGUGUAUUUACCAAAUUUCUUAUUAUGUGCCUUACUAUGUGUGUAUGAAACAAUAGAUUAGAGCAUUAUAUGAAGUGUCCUGCAAAAAUAUUUUGGGCUUUGUGAAAGUUCUCCUCUUGGUCUUUUUGAAAAUGUUUUCCAUGAUAUUUCAAGAUGUAUUUUUUUCAUUAAUUAAUAGUUUGAAUUCUAGUUUCUUUUGCUUUUGUAUGGUGAUUGGAUAUAGAUGGGAAUGAGGUUUCAUUUGUUGUGAAAUCACAUAGGGAUUAUUUAAAUUUACCUAGCUACACUUCUGUAAUGGUAGUUCUUCACUGAUAGAAAAAAACUAAAAAACCCCAAACAAACCUAUAUAGGAAGGCCAAACAGCAAAUCCAGUUCAUCUGGACUUCAUCUGAUUUUUUGAGAGACACUGGCAGUAUCAGAAUAUUCUCUUUCGGGUUUUCUGCAUUUCUUUAUUUUUAAUAUUUUAUAGUAUUAAACUUAAAGUAAUAGAAUGCUAUCAUUCUUUCUUUUGGAAGUAUGAAGAAAUGUUUGAUACUGAAUCUUGAUUCCUCUUUGGGGAAUGAGCUGUGAUGCAGUUAGAUUUUGCCAUGAGUGUAGAGAUGAAUACUAAUGACUUCUGAUCAUAUUUUAAAAUACCAUAUUUCCUAGGGUUUUCCUUCACAUAAAUUAAUUGCAAAUUCAUUUCAUUUUACUUGACCACAUUUUGAAGACCAAUUUCUUUCAAACAUGGCAUUUAUUUACUUCUAACUAUUGCUGUAAUGUUUUGCCACUCAUAACGGUUUUCGUUCAUCUGAACGUAUGUUCAUCUGAAUUGUAUGACUUUAUCUUUCUAGAAGAUAUGUUUCUAUGUUUUUACCAUGAUCUGAGUGUUCUAUAGUGAGCUUUCUCAAAUUUUCACUCUGAAUUAUUUUUGUAAAAUCAGCCUAAUAGUAGCUUGCCAGAUACUACCUUGAUGUACGUAAAUUGAUUACAGGUGUAGUGUUAAGGAAACUUCCCAGUCUGACCAUCCAGGAUCCACUCUGGCAGUCACUCUUGCACCACAUGAGCUGGGACUGAGGCCCCUUCCCAGCUGCAGCCCUCACAUUCCCACAGUCAGAAUAGGUUUCCUUACUGGGUGGAUCCCAAUUUUCCCACAGCAGUCUCAGGUGUCCCAACCAUUAAAAUAAUUUCAUCACAGUGCAAUAACAAACUAACAGCUCGAGCUGGUGUCUCUGAGGAGGGAUCCUGAACAAAGGGAGCCCUGGGCUUUUAUCCCCUCACCAGUCUAAGCGUGGGAAGGUCUGGGGUCCUCGGCUCCUGCAGAGCCUCAGUGUCCGGUCCCCUGGCUGGGCAGCAGGACCCCGGGCCCUUGUUGUGCUGAGGAUCGGCUCUUCACAGCCUCUUUGCCUGGGCUCCACCAGCCAGAGCUCAACCUGCAGCUCCCACUGCAGCUGCAACCUGAGCUACCUCCGUGAAUGUGCUCCUCAAUAGUAGCAGCCACUCUGACUGCACGGAUGUAGCUGCAAUAAGUGCUGUACAACGCAACUAUAUAAAUAUGCAGAAUGUACUAUGUACUGGAAAGUUCAACUGGCUUAGGAAUAAUAUUCCCCUAAGGGAUGUUUUGGAUUUCACAGAAUCACAGAGUGGUGUGGGUUGAUCUUCAUGAGGUUCUCACAGGCCACCACUCCAUCUGUCCAAGUUCUUCUGGAGGGUAUCCCUUCCUUCCAGGUGUGUUGACUGUACCACACAGCUUGGUGUUGUCAGCAAACUUGCAGAGGGUGCAGUGGAUUCCACUGUUCAUGUCACUGACAAGGGUGUUUAACAGCUCUGGUACCAGUGCUUAUCCUUACAGAACACUGCUCCUUAUUGGUCUCCAUUUGGAUGCCAAGCUAUUGACCACAACUCUUUGAAUAUGGCCAUCCAGCCAAUUUCUUUGCCAGCUAGAGGUCCACCCAUCAAAUCCAUGCCUCCAGUUUAGAGACAAGGAAGUUUUGUGGGACAGUGUCAUGCUUUGCACAGGUCCUGGCAGAUGACAUCAGUUACUGUUUUCUUAUCCACCAUUGCUAUAACUAUUGUAGAAGGCCAUUAAAUCUGUCAGACGUGAUUUGCCUUCACUGAAGCUAUCUACUUCAUAAUUUUACUGGGAACCAAGGUGGGACUUCCAGACUUAGAGUUCACUAGGUCUUUCUUAUUUUUAUUUUACAAAUGUAGGCUAUAUUUCCCCUUUUCAAGUGAAGCUUUAGCUUUCACAGUUUCAUAGACUUGGGCUGCUCAGAGAAUCUCUUUUCCUCCCAGGCUGCAUGUCAUUACUUCCAUCCUCUGUAGUGUUUCUUUUAGUGUUUGAGUUUGACCUUGUUCAUCUAAGGCCAUCCUGACUUCCUCUUCAUUGGGAUAAUCACUCCUGAGCUUGGAGAAGGUGAUCCUUGAAUACCAACUGGCUUUUUUGGGUCCCUCUUCCCUCCGGGGCUUUAUCCCAUGAUACUCUAUGAUGCCAAUCCCUGAGGAGGCCAGAGUCUGCUCUCCUGAAGUUCAGGGUAGCGACCUUUCUGUGCACUUUCCUUGCUGUCCUAAGGAUCUCCAAUUUCAUUUUGUGGUCCUUGCAGUCAAGGUUGCCCUUGAUCUUCACAUUCCCCACCAGCCCCUCCUUGUUGGGAGGAAAAGGUCCAGCAUAAUAUCUCCUCUCCUUGGGCUCCUCUGUCACUUGAAGAAGGAAGUUAUCAUCAGUGCAUUCCAGGAAGCUUCUGGAUUGUUUAUGUGCUACUGUGUUGACAGAUAUUAGGGUGGUUGAAGUUCCCCAUUAGGAACAAGGUUUGUGUUAUGUGAAGCUGCUCCUCUCUCUCUGUAAGUGACCUCAUCUUUUCUGUCUUCCUGGUCAGACAAUCUAUAGCAGACCCCCACUAUAAAGUCACCUGUCCCUUACCUACCUUUAAUCCUGACCCAUUAACUCUCAGUCAGCUUCAUUCAGUCCCAAGUGAAGAGCCAGGAUCUCUAGCUGGUCAUUGACAUAGAGGGAAACACCACCUCCUUGUCUACCCUUCCAGUCUUUCCUGAAGAGCCUAUUUCUGUUCCAGCACUCCACUCUUUGGAGACAACCCACCAUGUGUCCAUGACAUAUGAGGUCAUAGGCAUGCCCACAUCUCUAACUCUUCUUGCUUAUUCACCUUCUUAUGUGCUAUUGCAUAGCUGCUUUGGAGUUGAGACCCUAAUGAAGCUGACUUAUUGGUUGGAGUAGCUGGAAUUCCUUUCUGUUUGUUCUUCUGGUGCUUUUCUGCUGACCUGUGAUCCCUCUUCAGGCACUGAGUAUCUACUGCUGGCACUGGUACAAGAUUUAUAGGACUGGGAUGGACUGAGGCUCCCUUCCCCCUGGCAGCUGUAGUUUAAAGCCCUUCUCACUGGCUUGGCAAGCCCGUGGCAGAAGAUGCUCUUCCCCUCUUCUGACAGGUGGACCCCAUCAGCCCACAGCAGACCUAGUUUCUGAAUGCAAGUCCCAUGGUCAAAGCCCUGGCUGAGACACAGCCCCAGAAGCAUUUGUUGAUUCACCAGAUUUGACUGGCCCUUUCAAAUACCUUCCCUGUUACUUUGAUCAUUGAUGAAAGACUGCCUGCAGAAUCUUAAAAAUUUUUAACUUAGGAAAAAUCUGAAAGCGGGUAUUUAUUAUGUUUGCUUUAUGGUUUUGUGAUACAAGUAUUGUGUAUCUUUUUUUAAAUUCACCUUUAUUGUUCAGGUUUUGCAACCAAAUUAUUCUUGUCAACAUAGUUUUAGAUUUCUGUGUAUCUGAAAGAUGCUACCUCUUAGAAAGAUGGACUUUUACAAGAUAUGCAGAAAAGAUUUGGAGCUUGACAGUAUAUCUUAACAUUUGCUUAGCAGCAUGAAGGCACUAAUUAAGGCUUCUUCCUUUUUAGUGCUCUGCCUUGAAUAACUGAAAGUACAAGCAUAACACCUUAGUUACUAUAAUGCAUUGUUAGUGAAGAAUCGUGGCAGAAGGAAUAUUUUUUAUACUUUGUGCUUGACUCAUAAGUGCCUGGUGCAAAAGCAUCUCAGCUCUUGAUUCUCUAAAGCCUUUGACAGCAGAUCCCUUGAUAUCUGUGAAAAGAGCAAGAUUUGGGAAAGAAUUAUAUUAUUCUAUGGAUUCUUACAGUGAUGUGGAUGGAAAGGAACCUCCAAAGGCUUUAGUCCUACCUUUCAGUCAGAUUAUGGACAACUUUAAGCAGUUACUCAAAGAAUUUUAAAAAAUCCUGUAAAUUAAAAAAAAAAAAUCAAAUGGAACAAAUUCUCUGUUCUUCACUGUUCUGUUUGGCAGUCUUCACUGUGAAUUUGCUUCCUUAAUAUGUGUAACUAGGCUUUUAACAUACUACAUUCUGUGUAUUUUGCCUUUUUCCCUGUUAACUGUGUAACUCUGAAGAGGAUUCUGGCUUCAUCUUCUCUAUACUGUGGCCUUAAGUUGUUGAAGAGAGGUUUAUAAUUUCUUUAACAUAUGUUAUUAAUUUCUGUUUGUGAAGUAUCUGAUAAUGUGCACAGUGUAAGUUGGAAUUUGGGCACAUGGUGUGAUUCUUUGGGGCUCUCUUGUGCAGGACCAGGAGUUAGACUCAAUGAUCAUUGUGGGUCCUUUCUACUUCUGCAUAUUCUAUGACUGUAUAUGUGCCUCUGUAUAUGUCAUGUCCAUGCAUCAACUCUGAGUUACAUCCUAGUCCAUUUUUUUUGAUGGAUGCACACUUAGUUCAAAGUGUAAUAAGGCCUUUUUAACAACCCAGGAGCAGCUAAGUGCCUUUUCACAGAAUCGCAGAAUUUUUAGGUUGGAAGGGACCUUCAAGAUCAUUGAGUCCAACCCAUCUCUAAUACCUCAACUAGACCAUGACACCAAGUGCCACAUCCAGUCUUUUUUUAAACACUUCUAGGGAGGGUGACUCCACCACCUCCCCGGGCAAGCCAUUCCAGUACUUUAUCACUCUUUCUGUGAAAAACUUUUUCCUAAUAUCCAGCCUAUAUCUCCCUUGUCGCAGCUUGAGACUGUGUCCUCUUGUUCUGUCUGUUGUUGCCUGAAGAAAGAGACCAACGCCCAGCUGACCACAGCCAUCCUUCAGGAAGUUGUAGAGAGUGAUAAGGUCACCUCUGAGUCUCCUUUUCUCCAGCCUAAACAACCCCAGUUCCCUCAGUUCUUCAUACGGCUUGUGCUCCAAGCCCCUCACCAACUUCAUUGCCCUCCUCUGGACACGCUCAAGCAUUUCAACGUCCUUCCUAAACCGAGGGGCCCAGAACUGGACACAGCACUCAAGGUGUGGCCUGACCAGUGCCGAGUACAGGGGAAGAAUGACCUCCCUGCUCCUGCUGGCCACCCCAUUCCUGAUCCAGGCCAGGAUGCCAUUGGCCCUCUUGGCCACCUGGGCACACUGCUGGCUCAUGUUCUGGCACUGGCACCCAUACCCCCAGGUCCCUUUCCUCCUGAGCACUGUCCAGCCACACCUUCCUCAGCCUAUAACGCUGCAGGGGGUUAUUGUGGCCAAAGUGCAGGACUCAGCACUUGGACUUAUUAAACCUCAUCCUAGUGGACUCUGCCCAUCUGUCCAACCAUUCCAGGUCUUUCUGCAAAGCCCUUCAUCCUUUCAACAGGUCGACACACACUCCCAGCUUAGUGUCAUCCGCAAAUUUACUAAUGAAAGAUUCCAUGCCUUCAUCCAUGUCGUCAAUAAAUGUCUGCCCAGCACAGACCCCUGAGGGACACCACUGGUGACUGGCCCCAGCUGGAUGCAGCACCGUUCACCACCACUCUCUGGGCCUGGCCAUCCAGGCAAUUCCUAACCCAGCGAAGAGUGCUCUUGGUGCUCUUGUCCAAGCCAUGAGCUGCCAGCUUAUUUAGGAGUAUGCUGUGGGAGACAGUGUCAAAAGCUUUGCUGAAGUCCAAAUAGACAACAUCCACAGCCUUCCCUGCAUCCACCAGGUGGGUCACCUGGUCAUAAAAGGUGAUCAGGUUGGUCAAACAUGACCUACCCCUCCUAAACCCGUGCUGGCUGGGCCUGAGACCCUGGCCAUCCUGUAAGUUCUGUGUGAUGGCACUUAAUAUAAACUGUUCCAUUAUUUUGCCAAGUACUGAGGUCAGACUGACUGGUCUAUAAUUACCAGGAUCCUCCUUUGCACCCUGUUUGUGAAUGGGUGUCACAUUGGCCAGCUUGCAGUUGUCCGGAACCUCACUAGUGAGCCAAGACUGAUGGCAGAUGAUGGAGAGUGGCUUAGCAAGCUCAUCUGCCAGCUCUCUCAUCACUCUGGGAUGGAUCCCAUCUUGUCCCAUAGAUUGAUGGAUAUCCAGGCAUUUCAGCCGUUCUCUGACUGCCACCUCUUCGAUAAUGAGGGAACCAUUCUGCUCCCUGACAUCAUCUACCAGCCCAGGAGGCAGUUGUCUUGAAGGCAAGUCAUCUCCUCACUAAAAACUGAGGCAAAGUAGGCAUUAAGCACUUCUGCCUUCUCCUCAUCUGCAGAUACUAAGUUCCCUCCCUUGUCCAGUAAAGAACAAAGGUUGGUCUUACCCUUCCUUUUAGCAUUAAUAUAUUUGUAAAAACAUUUUGAAUGAUCCUUGAUUUGUUAUAUAAUGGUAAAACUUUUGCUUCUUAAAACAUCAGAACCAGUUUCUGAAACUUGGACUCAUAAUUUGACUCAGUUGCCUUGUCGGCUGAUCCUGUAAGUUGCACUGGUUUUGUGUACUGAUAAAUUGAGGUCCUUUUUAUUUGGAAGAUAUUCCACAUAUCAGUUCAUUUUCUAAUUACAGACAGCAAACCUAUGUUUGUAUGCCAAGAAAAUUUAGUCCUUGUGGAUAGUACUGCCAUUAAGGUGUGUCUGAUCCAUUAUCUUGCCCUUCUCUGAUUCAUGUCAGUAGGAAAGUGAUAAGUUGGGGUUUUUAAUAGAAAAUGUAGACUUACUACUUGCCAUUUUAUGUUGUUAGCUUAUACUUCUGUUUUUCAAUUGAGAGGUCAGCUGCCUACAAAAAGCAUUGUUUUGCCUUAACCUUUGACCCUGAUACGUUGUUAGCUAGAGCACAACUACCAGACUUAAUAUUGUUACUGUCGUGCUGAAACAGUGCUAGUCAGAUUGCACAGAAUUUUUUUUAAUUAACUUUAUCUUCUGUCUCUGAAGUUUGGUUUGCUAUAUACAAGAUUAUUUGCCUGUUUUCAAAGCAAAUCCUAACAGUUAGAAUAUAAAAUUCCUGAAGUAUUUAACUUCAGGAUUUUAUUGAUGGGGAUGUGAUAUAGGAACAAAAUUGGACCAAAGUUUUUGUGCCUUCAGUAGUUUUAUAUGUAGGAUUUUUCAUAUCUGUAGGUGUCUUAGUAUAAUAAAUACAUUUUUCCCCUCUGGAAAAUGUAUAUUUAUAUUGUGAAAAAAUAAUAUUGUUUACUGUCUAUACAAGAAGUGAACUACAGCUGUUUAAAUACAGAUUUAAUUAUUCUACAGUCUUUUUCAUUACAGUUUUUUCUUUUGUACUGCAAUAAGGAGGAAUCCAAGCAAAACUCACAUUAUUUCCCACUUCAGAUAAUAAUGACAUGUUGUGCUUGGAGCAGUCCCAAAGGAAUUAAGUACUUACAUAAUUGAAGGUCCUUGAUAAACGAAGAAAGCUUUUACUUUAACAGAUUAAUGUCAUCACUGUAAGCACUUUUUCAGUUCCUGGAAACUGCUUUAUUUAUGAGUGGGAAGCUACCACACAUAAACUUGAUUUGAAGCACUUUCCAAUUAUUUUUGAAUAUGUUGCCCAUUUUCUGCAGAAGUUCACCACAGAACUGCAGCAGUACAAGACAACAGUUGCUAACCAAGCUGAUUCUUGCAUCAGAAUGUCACUUCAGUCUCUGACCAAAGACUCUUCUGGGUUUACUGAGAUAUGGGAAAACCUGUUUUCUCUCACACUCCUUUCUGAUGGGAAGACCCAGUGCAAAGGGGCCUCUCUUUGAGAGUAUUACUGGUGGUAGAAACAGUGGAAAAUGAGACAGUAAUGUGAACCAAAUGGUGUGAGGGAAGGCAAAAAGUUAAUAUGUUGCUUCUAGUACUGUACUCAAGACACAGUAAACUUCUCUAAGAAUUGCCAUCAUCCCCUCAUUUCACAUGAUCUGUUCAUAAAAGAUCCCUUUCAGUUUAUAAAAAUGUUCAUCGAACGGAUGAAAAUACUGUAAAUAUUUGUAGCAUCAUGUUUUGUUUGGUUUUUGGUUUUGUUUUUAUAAAUCUGUCAAAAGAGUGUUUGGGGAAACAAAUGGAAAUGUAAAAGGUUUUUAUAUAAAAAAAUUGUCUGUAUAUUUUAAUAAGCAAAAGCUUUCAUUUGUAAAGCAUCUUGAGGCAUUGCAUGAAAAGUAUUCCAUAGCUGCUGCAGAUGAUUUAAAACUGAAAGAAGAUAUACGAUGUAUUAAAGAAACCUAUUUUGUGACUGUGUAGUGCAUGGUGAGUUUGAUUUUGUUUGUGCUGUAAUAUAUUCUGGUUUUUUAGGUUAGUGUGUUUUAUGAUUACAUUAUAUCUAUACCUAUCUAAUUCCUAAUUCUGGUUGUUGUAGCAUGUCUUUUAAUAAAUGUAAUUA